AUGGUCAUGUCCGAGCCGAAAGCAGAGUUGCCUUUUACGGUCGGUGCCCUCGGGAGCAGGGGCACUGGGUUAUCCUGGCUCUCCAACUCCGGAAUUAUCAAGCUCAACUUAAUGCUUGUACUUUUACAAAUCUCGAGUUACGCAACAGGUUAUGAUGGGUCGAUGAUGAAUGGGUUACAGUCCCUCACUACCUGGCAAAACUCUUUCAAUAACCCUGGGGCUUCCGAGCUGGGUCUGUACGUGACAAUCAAGCCAGAUAUGUUUGGACAGUCUGGCCGUCUGAAUGCAAUACAAAAUGUUGGCCAGCUCAUCACAAUGCCCAUUUGCGCUAUAAGUUGCGACAAAUUUGGCCGUCGUCCAGUACUUUUCGCGGGCGCCUUUGUUCUUUUAGUUGGAGUUGCCCUUCAGGCUGCGGCUCAGAACGUCGGAAUGUUCAUUGCAGCCCGAGGAAUUAUUGGCAUGGGCCUCGUGCUAAACAUCACUGCGGCACCGCUCCUCCUCCUGGAGUUGGCAUUUCCCAGGCAACAGGGACCACAGGUAGCGAUAUACAACAGUCUGUGGAAUCUGGGUGCUUUGGUCGCUGCGUGGGUCACCUACGGCACGUUUCGCAUCAACAGCACCUGGGCAUGGCGGCUUCCUUCGCUCCUUCAAGGCCUCUCCAGCGUGAUCCAGAUUGGGAUCUGCUUCCUCGUUGAGGAAUCGCCCCGAUGGCUUAUCAGCAAAGAGCGCGAUGAUGAAGCAAGAAGACUCAUUUGCAAGUAUCAUGCCAAUGGGGAUGAUUCCGAUCCUUUAGUGACACUAGAGAUGGAGGAGAUUCGCAUUGCCCUUCAACUCGAGAGCGAGGCGAGACGCACCACCUCGUACAUGACAUUUUUCCAAAGCAAAGGUAACAUUAGACGAUUCUUUAUUAUUCUUUCUGUAGGAUUUUUUUCCCAGUGGAGCGGCAAUGGUCUCAUCUCAUACUACCUCACACUGAUUCUCAACUCAAUUGGCUACACGGCGGAGAGCACUCAGACCCUCAUCAAUGCACUUCUCACACUGUGGUCCAUGAUUUGGAGCUUGGUAUUUGCCGCUGUGAUGAAUCGAUUUGGUCGGCGGACUCUCUUCCUUAUCUCUACCGCAGGUAUCCUGGUCGUCUAUAUUGUCUGGACAGCUCUCGAGGCUAUGUAUGAGAAGCGGGCCGGGCCGGACGGAACUGGGGGUGACGGCUAUGCGAAGGGUGUUUUGGCCAUGAUCUUCCUGUACAACUUCUUUUACUCUGUCGGCUGGACACCUCUGCAAGUUACCUAUUGCAUCGAGAUAUUACCCUUCGACUUGCGCGCUCGAGGUCUCGUUUUGUAUAACCUCUUCGUCGCACUUGCUGGUAUUUUUAACCAGUACGUCAAUCCAAUCGGCGUGACCAACAGCAAGUGGAAGUUCUAUAUUACCUACGAUGUGUGGCUGGCCUUUGAGCUUGUGGUGGUCUAUUUCCUCUUUGUGGAGACCGGCAGCCUCAGUUUGGAAGAAACUGCCGUCAUUUUGGACGGAGAAGAGUACGGAAACAAAUUGAUUGAAGCCGCUGCAUCUACAGCCGAGAGAGAACUUGGCGAGAAAGCACAAAUGCAGGCAAUUGCCAACAGUGAGGAGAUAGUGCCGGAGAAAUUAUAG